UCCACAGUGCCGCUCUGUUGCUAGUUCUCUAAUGGUGAAGUCAUUGCGGCUCUCCUACUUUUGAGCCUGCUCUUCUCGGAGGGAGGACUCUACGGCCACAUAAAACACUCACGCCCGGAGUUGUGCGCACACAUAUUCACAAACACACACACCUUCCUGCGCAGAGGACAGAGUCUUCAUCCUAAUCCUUUUCCACAGCCCAGAGAGUGGUGGUGUCCAGACAUCGAGAUGGCAGCACAGGGAGCAGGCAUGGCCAACAAAGGUCCAUCUUAUGGGCUGAGUCGCCAGGUCCAGGACAAGAUCGAUAAGAAGUAUGACCCUGAGCUGGAGCAGCGUCUGGUGGAGUGGAUCAUGGCCCAGUGUGGCUCAGGAGUGGGGAAACCUGCAGAAGGCAAGCAGGGCUUCCAGGACUGGCUAAAAGAUGGAUGCGUCUUGAGCGAGCUCAUCAACAGUCUCCAUGAUGGAGAUAAGCCUGUAAAGAAGAUCCAAAGCUCACCUAUGGCCUUCAAACAGAUGGAGCAGGUGUCUCAGUUCCUCAACGCUGCAGAGGCGUAUGGUGUGACCAAAACCGACAUGUUUCAGACCGUCGAUCUCUGGGAAGGGAAAGACUUGGCUGCAGUGCAGAGAACACUGAUGGCCCUUGGCAGCAUUGCAGUCACAAAGGAUGACGGAAAUUUCCGUGGUAACCCUGAUUGGUUCUUCAAGAAAGCUCAGGAGAACCGACGGGAUUUCUCCGACGACCAGAUGAAGUCAGGAAAGCAUGUUAUCGGCCUGCAGAUGGGCUCCAACAAAGGGGCAUCCCAAGCUGGCAUGACAGGCUAUGGUAGACCCAGACAGAUCAUAAACAACUGAAUCCACUAUCCCCCUCCAAAGCUGCCCCCAUUGUUUCCUCCCUUACCCCCCACCCCAAAAGAGCCUUUCUAAAAUUGGGUCCUGCCCCGGCGAUUCUAGAGUUUACCUCACCCAGAGCAGACAAGAACAGAACCAACAUUCCCACUCAUACAGCACUCACUUUAAUCCAGCUCAUGCAAAAUCAUAAAUAAAACCAUCAUUGCCAUUAUGUAGGUCUGCGACAACGAGCAAGUCUGCAUGUCUGCAAGUCUUAAUGAACGAUUGUGUUACUGCAAAUGCUGAAUGAAUCGUGGCUUGACAAUGCAGCACAAGAAUAUUGUAAACCUUGGUUGUGGCUUUUAUGUCCUGAUGUUCCCAACAACGACACGACUUUGGUAACAGCAUAAUAAAGGAACUCAAUGACUGACAGAACAUCA